GACCAUGGGCCCAGCCCCGCUCCAUGGGAUGGGAAACUAGCGACACUGCGCGUGCGCAUCUAGGCAACACACUUGCAAGCGCGCAUGCGUGUUUUUGAAAGGGCGGCGUGCCAGGCGCUGACAACUGCACGCGCAAGGGGCCGCGCGCUCCUCCGAGUCUUCGCCUCCCGACACGGAGCCGCUCGCUGUCAGUUGCCCCGCCCCGAUGCAGGCUGCCGGGGCCCGGCGGCUGGGCGUGUGCGUCUUGUGCGGGCUGCCGGCAGCGGGCAAGUCCACUCUGGCGCGGGCGCUGAAACACAGCCUGCGGCGGCGCGGGACCCCAGACUGCGCCUGCGCCCUCCUGACCUACGAUGACCUCAUUCCGCAGGAGGCCUUCAGCCAACCAGAGACAGAAGUGGGGCUCGUAGAACAACACCCAUUGCUGUCUUGCUGGAAAUUGUACCGACAUGAACUGUUAAAGUACCUUGAACACUUCUUACAUGCUCUUAUUAAUGGAGAUCAUUUGUGUGCUCCAACAAACAGAACUGAAGCAACAUGGAAAAGUUUUGUUUCCUGUUUCAAAGAACAAGGAUUAAUAUCUUCAGAAAUACAUGAUGCCAAAUCUUGUCAUUACUUAAUAAAUACGACCACUUCCAGACCAUUGUAUUUUGUUUUGGAUGACAACUUUUAUUAUCAAAGCAUGAGAUAUGAAGUAUACCAGCUAGCUCGCAAAUAUUCACUGGGCUUCUGCCAGUUAUUUUUAGACUGUCCACUUGAGACCUGUUUACAGAGGAAUUGUCUGAGAAGUCAGCCGUUACCUGAUGAGACCAUAUGUCUAAUGGCAAGAAAAAUAGAAGUACCAAAUCCUGAGAAAAACACGUGGGAACAAAAUAGCCUAAUUCUGAAAAGUGUCGAAUGCACUUCAGAAGAUAAUUUGCAGGUGAUUAAUUUGUUGAUUACUGCUUUGGAAAAUCCAGUGAAACAAAUUGAGGAAAAUACUGAGCAAAAGGAAACAGACAGAGCCAUUUGUGCAGCUAGUAUUCUCCACCAAGCUGAUCAGGCUUUCAGACGAAUUGUCUCUCAAACAAUGAAGGAUGUGAAAGAUAAAAAUAUACUUCCAAGUGAGAUGAAGAUUCUGGCAGAAGAACUUAAUAAGCUUAAAGCAGAGUUUUUGGAAGAUUUACGACAAGGGAAUCAUCAAAAAAAUCAAUUUUGUCUGCCAAGCGGUGAAUUUGUAACAAAUGUCAUUACUUCAUUCCAACAAGCGACUGACAAUGUAGCGAUGAAGGUUUUUUUUAAAUGAGCACACUGUGUUUUCAAUGUAAGGAAUGCCGGAAACGUGAUAGUGUUCGCCGUCUGCUGAAUAAGUUAUCUGAGGAAGCCACUGCUGCCAUGUGUGGAGGUUGAUGUUAAUUUAUAAAUUCAUUUCUGUCACAAUGUUAUGAAACCAAAAAAACAUUAACAACUCAGGUGUUUCAUUUUUAAGACCAGGCCAACAAUAGGAAGAAAUGCGUUUUGAAGAUGAAAGAGAUUUUGGAGCUGUAGUCCCCUGAAUUCUAAUCUGUGUCUCUUAAAACAUCUUUGGUGCAAAUCUUUGAACUCCUUCCCUGCUCCUCCAUCCUUAAUGUUCUUCGUCCUUGCUUCUGUAUUUCCUAGAUUUUCCAUGUAUCCAUCUCUCUGUUCCUUUCCCAUCUCAUAUUAGCCCAGUUUUUCUUUUUUUCAAUGUCACUUACCCUUUUUCCAUAGAACAAAUAAUAGAAGCUCAAAUCUUCCUCCCAAUCCUUUGUUCUUCCAAAGUGUUUAUAGCUAGGCAACAAUGAUGUACAUAGGUAGAAAAGAUCUGGUCUCAAAUGUUGUUUGGGCUCAGUAAUUAACAUCGUCCUAUAUUAUUAAAGUCAUCAUUCCUAUUGGGACAGUCAUCAUCCUGCAUAACAAUAGCGUGAAUCAUAGCAUCUGUAAGAAAUUAUAGGAAAUUAUAAAUUGUCUUAUUUAAUAGUCAGUACACACAGUAUUACAUUAACUGGUUAAUGUUUGCAUGAUGCUAGGUAAUAUUAAUAAAGAGAUUGUAUUAGGA